AUGGGGCUGGCGGGGGGGUCCCUGGUUGACGCGCCCCGUGGCAUCUCUCCGCAGAACGGCGCCGUGCCCGGGGAGCGGGGCAAGCAGGACAAGAGCGUCAAGCGUGGCAACUGGGGCAACCAGAUCGAGUUCGUGCUGACCAGCGUGGGCUACGCCGUGGGGCUGGGCAACGUCUGGCGCCUCCCGUACCUCUGCUACCGUAGCUGCAGCCCUAAAGUCACCAUGGCCGUGCACGGAGAGCACCCCACUCAGAGGUUCUCCAGGGCUGCAGACCCCAAGGGUUUGCCUGCAGACUUGCAGGCCGUGCACCCCCUGUGCAUUGCCAUGGGGCGGCUGCCCCUCCGGGGCUGCCUCAGCGUCUCCUGGGUCGUCGUCUUCCUCUGCCUCAUCAAGGGCGUCAAGUCCUCGGGGAAGGUGUGGGGUGACGCGGCCUCGCAGAUCUUCUACUCGCUGGGCUGUGCCUGGGGUGGGCUCAUCACCAUGGCCUCCUACAACAAGUUCCACAACAACUGCUACCGGGACAGCAUCAUCAUCAGCAUCAGUGUCUACGCCGGCUUCGUCAUCUUCUCCAUCCUGGGCUUCAUGGCCAACCACUUAGGUGUGGACGUCUCCAAGGUGGCUGACCAUGGCCCUGGCCUGGCCUUCGUGGCCUACCCUGAGGCCCUCACCCUGCUUCCCAUCUCACCCCUCUGGUCCAUCCUCUUCUUCUUCAUGCUCAUCCUCCUGGGGCUGGGCACACAGUUCUGCCUGCUGGAGACCUUGGUCACAGCCAUUGUGGACGAGGUGGGAAAUGAGUGGAUCAUCCGCCGGAAGACCUUUGUGACACUGGGGGUGGCCAUCGCGGGCUUCCUACUGGGCGUCCCGCUCACCACGCAGGCGGGCAUCUACUGGCUCCUGCUGAUGGACAACUAUGCCGCCAGCUUCUCCCUGGUCGUCAUAUCCUGCAUCAUGUGUGUGGCCAUCAUGUACAUCUACGGACACCGCAACUACUUCAAGGACAUUGAGAUGAUGCUGGGCUUCCCACCCCCACUCUUCUUCCAGAUCUGCUGGCGCUUCAUCUCACCUGCCAUCAUCUUUGUGAGCAUUGCGACCGUGGGGCGCAGG